AUGACUCAGGUAGUUGCAACCAUUGCAUUUGGCAUGGGUAUCGACAAGUCAGAUAUUCGAAACAUCAUCCACUGGGACAUCCCGAGUACCGUCGAGGAGUACUGCCAGCAAGUCGGUCGUGCUGGUCGAGACGGCAAACCAAGCUACUGCAUGCUCUACCUCUGCCGAGAAGACUUUUGGAUCAAAGAGAACUUUGCGCGUGGAGACCUACCAUCCCGCAAGUCUUUGCACAACCUCCUCAAGGAAAUCUUUGAUGGCGAUGUCGUGAAGCUUCCGCCGGGCGAAACCUUCAAAGUCAGCCACUACCACCAGUCAUCGCAAUUCGACAUCCGCAUGAGUCCCCUGAGUGUCAUCUACGCUGCGCUGGAGCUCAGGUUCAAUCUCAUCCGCGCGACGACACCAGAGUACAGCUCUUACAAGUUCGAAGCACAUGGACAAUACUACCCCCGAAUCAAGAGCAUGAACACGCCAGAGAGCAAGGCUAUUCUGAAGCACGCCAAGAAGCCCAAGAAAUUCCACUCUAUUGAUCCAACGAAGGUUGCCAACGAAGAGGGUUUACGACGGAACGAGAUCAUCAACCUCCUCAAUGAUCUCAACAACAGUGGUGCCAUCGUCCUUACCGUCGGGGGAGUCGAGCAGAAGUACAAAGUGAUGGGCAAACUACCAAAGACAGACACAGCAAUCGAUGAUCUCACAGACAAGCUCUACGAAGACCUUAAGAGGCGCGAGAAGCAGGCUCUCGAUCGACUUAAGGAUGUCACCAAUUUCAUCACAGCCCCGAAAUGCUUCGGUCUCUCCAUCGCACAGCACUUCGGCAUGGAUCUCCCAGAGAACAAGAAGAAUUGUGGACACUGCACGUUCUGUCUCAAGGGUGCAGCCGUGAAGCUGCCGCCGUCGCCGCCCAAGCAGGUCGACAGAGCAGCCAUCAACAAGGUGCUGAUAUCAACAGAUAUCCGAGACGAUGCGCGUUUUCUGGCGAGGAUUGCGUUUGGGAUCAAGAGCCCGCGUGUUGGCAAGUUGAAGCUGGACAGGUCUCCAGCAUUCAUGUCAAUGGCAGAUCACGACUUCGAUGCAAUUUUGAAGGAGUUCAAGAAGGUUUGUCACGAAAAGGAUGAUUGA